UUAAGUGAAUUGUUUUUAGGGAGCAAUUUUCUAUAAUGUUAAAACUUUAAUUUAAUAAUCUAUUUAAUUUUGAUAGACACUUAUCUUUUUUACUUUGUUUUAGAAUGGAGUUACAUCACAGUCAAAACCAAACAAACCAGUAUGACGUAGAGAGCAACAAUGCACCUUGGUAUGGCUCAAAAACGAGUUGUGCGAGCCAAAGUAACGGAGUGAUGUUUCAGUCAACAGAUCUCAUUUUAAAUCCUUCAGAAACUAAGAAAAAAAACUCUACAUCUGGAGCAGAAGGAAAAGGCGGUGGAGGACAUGGUCAUGGAAUUCCAGUGGAACAUCCAACUUCCUAUUUGGAAACUUUAAUGCACUUGUUUAAAGGAAAUGUUGGAUCAGGCAUAUUCGCUAUGGGUGACGCAAUUAAGAAUGCUGGUAUUAUAUUCGGACCCAUAGUUGUACUCUUUCUUGGAAUUAUCUGCGUUCAUUGUCAACAUAUGUUGUUAAACGCUGCUAGAGUUUUACAAGAGAAGCAUCAAGUUAAGCAGUCCCCGGAUUUCGCGGAAACAGUUGAAUUAUGCUUUGAAAAAGGUCCACCUAAGUUGGCCAGACUCUCUGUCUUUGCAAGAAAAUUAGUAAAUACUUUCUUGUGCGUUACACAACUUGGAUUUUGCUGUGUAUAUUUUGUAUUUAUUUCUGAUAAUAUCAAACAGGUAUUGCAUAGCCAUGGUUAUGAAGUAGACGUACAUGUACUUAUGGCUAUAAUCCUAAUACCCAUUUUGUUACCAUGUCUAGUCCGAAAUUUAAAGUACUUAGCUCCAUUUUCUACACUAGCUAAUAUUUUAAUGAUACUAGGAAUAAUUAUUGUUUUAUACCAUGCAAUCUCCGAUGGACUCCCCUCUAUUACACAGAGGAUUUAUGUAGCGAAUCCUAAAACAAUGCCAUUAUUUUUUGGAACUGCCGUUUUCGCUUUUGAAGGAAUAGGAUUGUGUAUGUCCCACAACAAUACGAAAUUAAUUCAGACGGCGAAAAAGACAGGCAAACCGUAUAGCGUGACUGAUAUGACUAAUGAAAAAUUUUACAAUCUGAAAUUACUUUAUGAAGAGUGGGGUAACAAUUUUAAUGUCAAUGAGGAAAAAGACAAAAUCAAAUGGCAUGACAUUAAAGCAUUUCGUGUUGAAAACGAACAUCCAUUUACUUUCUUUUAUAAAAACUCUUACGAAGAUGAAGAUUACCAAAAAGUUUUCGUACGUAGCUUACAACGAACUGAAAACCAGAUUUCGUUAUUUGCUAAUGGUUUGACACGAGAGUACUCGUACACAAGCAAGAUACCUUUAACUGAAAAUAAGAAAAGGAACUUAAAGGAAUUGCGUGACAAAAUGUUUUACCCAGAAGUUACCGUGAAACUUACUAUAAGGAUUUGA